AUGGACUCACUAAAGUUUUAAACUUAUUGGACAGCGGAAGUGUGUUGAAGUGUCAAAAAACCUAAUAUACAUACGUUCUCUAUUUUAAUUGUUUAGUGAAAAAAUAAUAAAUUUAAUAAAACAAUGUCGCGAAAUCAAUUACCAGAUUCAUCGUCUUCGCCGCCCAUUAGCCAUUUACCCUUCCACAAUUUCGACGACGAUCUGAUCAACGAUUUGCCCUCCUGCAUUUAUGCGGGUCAGCAUCAAGGUGGAGCCACCACCGGUGGAGGUGGUGGAUCAGGAGGUAACGGUGGCAGUUCUGGGCUGAGACUGAGCUCGAACAACCUGCGUCACAUCCAGCAGCAUUACAUGCAACACAGCGGAGAAAAUCUUCUGGACUCCUCCACCAAUCCGAUGGGGGUGCACAAUUCCGGGGGAGCAGCGCCCCUAAUGUGCAACAGUCCCAGUGCGAGCAGCAGUGGCGGAGGGUGCGGCAACGCAGGAUCUGCUACUCCUGGCGGUGCAGGUGGUCCCAAUCCCGGUUACGGAUCCGUGGGAGCUGCAACGGCGUCCAGCUACAAAAUGCAGCGACAAGCGGCCAAUGUGCGGGAAAGGAAACGCAUCCAGAGGUCCGCCCCAACUGGGUACACCAAAUGUAGCAUCAAUUCGGCUUUCGAUGAGUUACGGGUCCAUGUACCCACUUUUCCGUACGAGAAACGCCUGAGCAAGAUCGACACUCUGCGGCUGGCCAUCGCCUACAUAUCUCUGCUCCGUGAGGUAUUACAGACCGACUACGAUCCUCUUACCUAUGUGGAGAAGUGUCUUCGCGGGGAGAUUAAAGCGGAUAGGGCUAAUUGGAAUACGAGUGAUCUCACAGCUCGUCUGUCCUGGAUCAAUUGGGAGAACCUCGGUGUCCAUCCGGGUAGGCGUACUCUGCUUACCUCGUUGGCUCUAUCCUCGGAACCCAUGUGCGGAGCUCAUUGCGGAAUGCCAUAGAUUGAGCCAAGAAAUUUGAGGCUUAGCCUAUCAAGUGCUGAAAGCACUUUCCACUUAAGCUUCUGAUCACAAGUCUUCCCUUUUGCUUUUGGUCUCCCAAUUUAGUUUAAGGCUGUACAUAUUUCUUCAGUUACUAACAGUUAGCAAUAGUAUUUUAUUUGAAAAGCACCUCGGCUGCACGAAAUACAAAACCCGUGUGCCAUUAAAGGCCAGUACUGUAUCUAAGAAAUAGUUAUUGGGUUUAAUGGCUCGCGGGAUAAUGCAUUCACAAAUCAAUUCCACAAAUUAUAUUUCAGGAUAAAUCUUUUGUAAAUAGUAUUGAGUAUUGGGCAACCGAUUCGACAAACCGACAAACCGACAAACCGGUUGCGGCUAACAGACGUUUUACAGUUAGUCAACUAUGUAACAACUUUAAAAGCAUUUAUAUAUAUAUAAAAGUAAAUACAUGUUUCAGUUAGACGUAGACAUUAACAUAGCUUCCUAUCAAAGUACAUAUACUCGAAAAUAAAUACUUCUUUGAUCAACAA